CAAAGUAGCUAACAACCCGUUUCCUUCUGACCUGUACGCGAACCCCGCGGAUUUAGCAAGCGCAGAUACUACCAUGGCGACGGGUGGAGCGCCAUUUGACGCGCUAUCCUCACUGAACCCCGAUACCUUCACCGGGGAGUCGUGCGCCGUGAUCAACUUCCUCGCCGAUUACUACCGCGACGUCGACACGUAUCCGGUCCAGCCCGAGGCCAUGCCAGGGUGCCUCCGUACGCUCUUACCCGACGCGCCGCCCGAAAAUGGCGAGCAGAUGGAUGUGAUAUUGGAGGAGGUAUGGCGACAUAUUGUCCCGGCACUGACGCAUUGGCAGAGUCCCAAGUUCUUCGGAUACUUCCAGGCGAACGCGAGUACAGCCGGGUUCGCCGGCGAGACGCUCUCCACCGGGCUCAACGUUGUACCGUUCACGCGGGCUGCCUCACCGGUGGCAACCGAACUCGAGGGCGUCGUGAUGGACUGGAUGGGCAAGCUGGUGGGCCUCCCGGACCGCUUCCUUUUCUUCGGCGGCGGCGGCGGCGUGCUGCACGGAAGCACCUGCGAGGCCGUGGUAUGCACGCUCGCGAAGGGCGCGAGGAUCGUGGGGAUCCCGCGGUCCAACUUCCGCGUCAUCCGGACGUCGGCGGCGUCGGGCUACGGCCUCACCGCGGCCAGCGUCCGCGACGCGGUGGAGGCCGACGUGGCGAGCGGGCUCGUGCCGCUGUACCUGUGCGCCACGGUCGGCACGACCGGGCUCGGCGCGGUCGACCCGGUGCGGGACCUCGGCGAGCUGGCGCGGAGGCACGGCAUAUGGCUGCACGUCGAUGCCGCGUACGCCGGCAGCGCCCUGAUCUGCCCCGAGUUCCAGCAUCACAUCGACGGCGCCGAGCUCGCGGACUCCGUGAGCAUGAACCCGCACAAGUGGUUCCUCACCAACAUGGACUGCUGCUGCCUGUGGGUGGCGAGCCCGGCCGCGCUCACCACCGCGCUGUCCACCAACCCAGAGUACCUCAGCAACAUCACAGAAGAAAGUGCAGGCGCGGGCGUGGUCGACUACAAGGACUGGCAGAUCCCGCUGUCACGGCCGUUCCGUGCCAUGAAGCUGUGGUCGGUCCUGCGCCGCUACGGCGGGGCGGGCAUGCGGGCGUACGUACGGCGGCACGUCGAGAUGGCCAAGUGGUUCGAGCAGGCGCUGGAGGCGGACGGGCGGUUCGAGGUGGUAGCGCCGACGAGGUUCUCCCUCGUGACCUUCCGCCUCCGUCCAAGGCACGAGGGCGACGACGAUGCUGUUGAUGGCUUGAACCGUAGGCUGCUCGUGGCGGUGAACGCCAGCGGGCGGGCGUUCAUGACGCAUUUCGUGGUGGACGGCAAGUUUGUUAUCCGUAUGGCCGUGGGCGGAGCCAUGACGGAGAUGCGGCACGUCCAAGACACGUGGGAGCUUGUCCGGAAGAAGGCCGAGGAAGUCGGCGCACUCCAAAACGAACGGAACGUGCGCUGA